CCACAAUCAAUAGAAGGCUGUUAGGCAUGGUCAAGUUGUAGGAGGGUAGGGUAUGUAGUAGUCAACAGUAGCUGCAGCAGGAGCCGGUUAGAGACAAAAACGGAGAAAGAGGCAACAAUAUGGCCGAGUUUGUAAAUGCCAAAAUCAAGGGAGAUAAAGUUGUUGUUUUCUCCAAGCCCACUUGUCCUUACUGUCAGAUGGCUGUUGAAACUCUUAAGCAAUACUCGUUUAAACCAGGAUGCCUGGAUAUUAUAGAUAUCAGCUCCCUAAGCGAUAUGAGCGGCAUACAGGAUUGUUUGCAACAGCUGACGGGAGCUCGGACUGUUCCUCGUGUAUUUAUUGGGAAUGAAUGUGUUGGAGGAGGGACAGAUGUAAAGAGCUUGCACCAAAAUGGACAGUUGGAAGGAAAAUUGCGAGCCAUUAAUGCUUUGGCAUAACAUCACAUUGAACAGUGAGAAGAAGAAUGCAAGAAGAACACAAAUGUCACGUUUGAACAAGACCUUCAGGAUGACUGUAGUGGAAUCCAGCAUAAUCUUGUAUAAUUAAUUGUAUUACAGCAGUUGUUUGUAGUCCUUUGGGUUCCUUGUACCUUAAUAUAAUCUUUAAUCUACUGCUUGUAGCCUCACACAUUCAUGAAAAAACUACUAUAACUGAAUUUUGUUUAGUAUCUAGAAUUAAGCAUCAUGAAAUGAACUAUGUUGUCUAUUCAUUUAUAUUAAAGUAUGUCAGGGCUUUUGGAGAUACUUUACUGAAACCAUGUAAACACCUACCUAGUUUCUUAUGCACUGUCAUUAAUAUUUAAGUUUCUGCCUAAGAAAAAUGUAGGGUUAAGACUAUUUUGAAAGGUUCCUUACCACAAUUUUCACAAGAUUUUACAUUCUAAUUUAAUAUGAAAGAAAUUAAAGUAGAAUUUAAAUCCUGCAUUUAUGUACCGGAUAAGGACAUGUUGGAGGGGUGCGUCACUCCCUGCACCCCACUUAAUGUAAAAUGCUCUGUGAUCAUUGCAAGUCUGGGAAUGGAUGGAUUUACCCUGCAGAGUCUACAUUUUGAAAAAAGUCGAUUUUUGCACUCAUUAAAAGUCGCAAUGUUUCUGUUGUACUCAACAUGGACUUUGUUUUAAUUGAAUAAUUCUCUACAGCAUAGUUUUCAAAUUUGUUUACAUCACUUUUUUUCCAUUCCUCUCCUGUUUGAGAGUAUGGGAACUGUGGAAGCCUUUGCAUAACUUUGUUUACUUAGAUUGCUUAAAGCUGUGCAUUUUUUAUGCCAUUUACUUAAUUGAAAUGACAGUAUAUUUAUACAAUUACAAAUAUUAAAUAAAUACUGUUUUGAUUUCACA